AUGAGCAUUAAAACAGUUACUACAGCCUUAAAAUCAUUUGGGUAAGUUUAACAUUCAUUAUUUGUUUUGGUUUUAGAUAUGAACAUGGAUAGCCCUUAAAAACAUAUUUUUAUAUUUUCAAGCUGUAGAAGAUAACUUUUAAUAUUUUACAAGUUAUAAAACGUUAAAAUUCACAAUGUUUUAGGUAUAAAGACGAGUUGAACGAGAAUAUAGUCGAAAAAUCAGUCAAAUCAGAUAUUGUCUUAUUCUCACGAGUUGUUGGAUGGCUUGCUGGCGAACUUCAUGUCCUAUUACAGCUAGAAAACACAGUUGAAGAAAUUGAGAAUGUUAAUCAGGAGCAAAAAUUCGUUUCUGAGUUAUCGGCGUUUUUGAGCGAGUAUGGUGAGUAAUAUCUGAUUUUUUAUGUUUUUUAAUGUUUAGGUAAUUUAUUCUUUUUGGUAAAUUAAACAAAAAUGUUUUAGAAGGCGAAACAGUGGAUAUUCAAGCUUCAAAACAUGGAGAUUUGUCUACUGAUGAGGGUAGAUUGAAGCUACUACAAUAUUUGUUAUCGCAAGUGAAGCCAGCUCGACUUAUUGCAUUAAAACGAUUACAGAAGCAAAGAAUUGAUGAGUUAUCAAAGCCUAGCGUACGUUUAAGUUAUUUUUUGUAUGUUCUUGGUUUUUAGGAUCCAUUGAAGGAAUUGGCACGAAUUUUGGUGUUGUUGAACAUCCGACCUGAUCAAGUGCAAGAUCAACAUGUUUUGAUGGACAAAUUUAAAUCAGAGGUGAGUUAAUAUCCAAGAAUUAUGAUAGAGGAGAUCUUUUAAGUCAUUAAAAGCUUGAUAUGGAACCAAGAACUAUGUUUUAUAUAAUUUUAGGUCCAAAAAACCUUCAACGGCUUGGUGAGAAGACCUAAACCAAUCUUCAAUGGCAAGUUUAAUGACAAACAAUGGUCCCAAUUGAACACAUUUGCUCAGAAUUUCACGAAAGAUUACAAAGUAAGGACGGAGAUGUUGUUGAAAAGAUUGGAUAUUACAAUUGAAUCGUUUUUAUGGUCAGAUAAGGUUCAUCAGCUGGAAAAGAGUGUUAUGAAGGCAUACCUGCCCGAGAGGAAUACCUUGGGUUACUGGAAGCCUAUUGGAGUUGAGGGGCUUCUUGGUGCUACUGAGGGUGGGUUUUUGCAUUUUUAUGAUAUUGUUUAUAAGAAGGGAGGUUUUAUGAAAUUUUUCAUUGGAAAUGAGGAUUUUAUGACAUUUUUUGUUAAACUUUAAGAUAAUAUGACAUUUUAAACUAUUUUGCCAUUUCAGACUUACUAAUCAUCGAGAAAGCCUCCUCAAGUCGCCAACGUACUGGUACUCGUUCCAAAAUCUCCGACUUUAUGCUGAACCAAGUACCGGCCGACAGAGGCGGCCGAACUGAUAAUACCGUAUCACCGCCCAAAGAGACCUUCAAGAAUCAGUACAAGCCUCAACAACGUCGUGGACCAACUCACUCACCUAAAAAAAGCGGAAAGUAUCAUGAACAAGCUCAGCAUGGCCUUGAAGGUCAGGUGAAACGAGAAUAUUGGUCUAGCAAACGAGGAAAGUUUCAUUGAAAACGGUUGAUUUUGGUUCGGUAGAGGUUGAAGAUGGUAUUGUUGAGGACUGUAAAAGGUUGUGUAAUGUAUAUUAUGGAUGAUAUUUACUUAAAAUGGGUUUUUUUUGCCCAGUAUAAGCGAAAAAUCGACGUUUUGAUAGUAAUAUAUGGUUGUUCAAAAAAUUCUGAGCUACUCUCAAAGCAAAUUUUUGCGGCGAAGUGGUGCAGGAUUUUUUGAACAACUUAUAUAUUGGGUUUUAAAAAAUUUUUGUUGUUAUCCAUCAUUAAAAUUAAUGUAAAUUGACGACAAGACUUUUAUACAGUAUAAUUUUAUUGUAUACUGUCAUUUUGUUUGGGUAUUACUGUAAUAUAAAACUGGGUGUUGCCUAAAAUCAUAUAUUCGUUGCUAAAUGUGAAUAGUAGGUUGUUCAAAUAAUUCUGUGCUUUUUCUCUAUUUUUUUCUUAAUUUUUUGAUGUAAGGGAGCAUGGGAUUAUUUGAAGAACUUAAUAUUACCUAAAAUGAUAUUUUCUUUGCUAAAUGUGAAUAUGAUUUAUAUUGUUAUUGUUGAUGAUUUUCUUGUGCCUUAUGUAUAAUAAAUGCUAUAUAUUGAUGGAAAUUGAAAUUUUGUAUUGAAAUGGUUCUUAACGGCCGAAAAAGUAUUUGAAAUUGCCAAUUUUUUAAAAUGUUUGAAAUGGAAGAUCGCGAAUGUUGAAGUUUGUGAUGUUAUAAUUGAUGUAAUUUAGUAGCUGGGAUGACAAACCGCUACUUCUCGACGUAUGUGGAGGAUUUGGAACAGGUGGGUCAUGUUUUUUUAUCUACCACUACCCCACGUCUACUCCAACCCCACCCCUACCUCACUUCACCCCUACCCCACUCCUACUCCUCCACCCCUAUUCUUAUCCCAUCCCUUCCUCUUCUCGUACCCCUACCAUACUCAUAUUUAUACCUCACCCCUAACUCACUUCACCCCUACCCCAUUCCUACUCCAUCCUACCGCAUUUCAGCCCUACCCACUCCUACCCUACCCAUAUCCCAUUCAUGCCUCUUCCUGUAUCUCUACCAUACCCAUCUUCGUAACUCUACCUGCAGUACCCUUAUAAAUUUUUUACCACACCCAAAUAUAUUUUUUUCAUUUUUACUCAUUUUCUUAUCACUCAUCUCAUUUCAGGACCCCUUCGACGCCACAGACUUUGUCGAACGUCUAGCCUGGCGCAUCACCGAAGGCAAGGAAGAUGUUGAUGUAGAGUAUUUGAAGCGAAAGUUCGAAGAAGAGAUUGGCUCUCUACAAGCAUCAAGUGAAAACUUUCAAGCCAAAAUCCAACGACUCGAGGAUCAACGAAAUGUGGCCAAAAUGAAGUACUUGGACUCGCUACAACAACUUCACGAAAAGAAUGCAGACGCCUUGGAGAAGGUGAAGGUAGGGUAA